CCUUUCUCCCUCCACCUCAAUCUCAACCAGCCGCCCAGCGAGAACAGAGAGCAUCCAUUCGCGUCUCUCUGACAGUGACAGAGGCUGCUCGCCAUUGCUCACCGCACUUUUCAGCCGGGACGUCGAUCUCGCUGACUGCUCCGUGCAGAAGUUGCGACUUCACGCUCGUCUGUUUCUCGUGCCAGGAGCUGAGCGCCGGGUCGGUCCGGUUGCUUGACACACACGCACUCGCGCGCUCACACACCCUCCCGGGCGAUCAGUUUAUUCCCUGGAUGCCGGAUGAAUUAUCUGGGAGUUGCGAACAAGUGAACAACAAAGCCGAGGCUCGAGAUCUGCCUCCUCGCUCCUUCCUCCGAAGACGAGACUCCAGGCAGAGUUGGGGACGAUAAUGAUGGGGACGUCCCUGUAUCUUCCUGUUGUGAUUUUACUGAUGCAAUGUUCCCCCUCUGUUCCUGUCACAGUGACGACCAACAGACAUAAAGUGGAGGUAGAGGAGCACAAAGAUGCAGUGCUGUCCUGCAUAUUCUAUACAGAGAAAGACCAGCAACCACGCAUCGAAUGGAAGAAGAAGGGGAAAGACGUCUCCUUUGUGUUCUUUGGUGGAAAGUUUCGAGGUCCCUUUGAGGGCCGGGCGACCAUUGAAGGAGCGACAGUGACGCUGAAAAAAGUGACCCAGGAGGAUGCUGGAGAGUACCGCUGUGAGAUCAGUGCUCCUAAAGACUCUGUCAACCUGGGCGAGACCAAUGUAACGCUUAAAGUCCUAGUGCCGCCUCAAACCCCACUCUGUGAAAUCCCCAGCUCAGCAGUGACUGGCUCAGUGGUACAGCUGAGCUGCAGGGACCAGCACAGCAUCCCACCUGCCACUUACUCCUGGUACAAGGACAACCAGCCAAUGAACCCGCCCCGUCAUGCCAACGCAACCUAUCUAAUCAACUCGCGCACAGGAGUUCUGGAGUUUAAAUCUGUAGCCAAAGAGGACACUGGCCGAUACAGUUGCCUGGCAUCCAACGGAGUGGGACUACCCAAGAUGUGCGAGGCCAAGCAUAUGACGAUAGAGGACGUCAACAUCACAGCGAUAGUGGCAACAGUGUUGGGGGUCUUCCUGGCCGUGCUCAUCUGUGGAUGUGGUGGUUUCCUGUUACAGAGGAACGGCUUCUUCAGCCCAGGACACAGAGGAAGGUCAUUUUGGAUCUCCCAGUGUCAUGGUGCAGCCCACAUCAGCAGCCAAACUCUGCACAGAGCUGAGGACAUGUCCAAUGUCAACUACAUCCCUCCACCCCAAGAACCCCAGGAUUUUAAACACACACAGUCGUUCAUGCUCUGAGAAGCUGGUCUUCCUCUCCAAAAGCAAAACAAAAAGAAAAAAAAGGUGAUAAGGUGCCAACACUGGAUUCUGAUUUUGUUUCGGACUCAGAACGAGCUCUUGAUCUUCCAAUACGUGCUAAUUUCAAUCUUUAUUCCUCCGCCAAUCCUUCCGGAUGGUUGAUGUCAAGAAAAUCUGCAAGGCUUCUUUACUCUGGCUUUGCUGUGUAUUCGCCUCUUACAUUGAUGUCUCCUGCUAUUAUGGGAUUAAGUACAGUUUCAUGGUACUCUGCUUCCCCCUGGUGGUCAGAUGUUGAAUUUGCAAUUGAUCUUUUUUUUUCUCAGUAUAAAUUUCUAAGGCUAACUGCUUUAAUUACUCAAUUUUUAUUUUUUACCAAAGACUGAUGUUUAAUUUGAUAGAUUUCUUGUCUUUAAAAAAUUGAAUCAUGACAGGGAAUUCUCCUUAAAGCCAUAAGGGAAGCAUCUCAGUUGUUUUCAAUAAAACUACAGCUUACCUCAGUCAGUAUUUCGUCUUCGACACUGGGACCACUCGUGAUCUUAGUAAGAACAAGAAGCCACUUAACAAUAACGCUGAGGACAACCCCAUUCCAUCCUGAUGUGCCUGCAUGGUCUUUUUUAUAAAUAUACAUAUAUACUAUAUACCUUGUGCCUUUUUAAUUUGUCUGUCUGUCAUAUUUAUCUAUGGAUCACAGUUCUUUUUUUGUAAAAAAAAAAAUUUGCCUUACUUUUUUCUUUAUAUGUCUUUAUAUUUCUGUGCCACUGAUUAUCAAAUGGAGUGUCUGUUUUUAGGCUGUGUGAAUGACUUCAGAGUUUUAUUUGAAUAGUGUAUCAGUAAUAAAGUUUUUUCUACUCAA